GCGUUUCAUUCAUUCAGUUGGCCAUCGUCCAUCAGAUCGCUCGAUGUAUAGACAAGAAAUGUAUGUAUGUACAGACAGACAGCCAGACCGAUACGACUCACACAUGCGACGCAUCAGUCCGCCCAGAUGGACGCACGCCCCUCCCUUCAUCCCUCACGCAACACAGAGGUCACACACGCAUCGCUCUGUCUAUCCGUCUCGCUACACGCAGGCAGGCAGGUAGGCCGCCACACGCAGUCCCUGCCUCUCUCUCUUCGUUAUGCAUUAAGCAGGCGUCUAUCCGUCUCGCUACACCAGGCACGUAGGCCGCCACACGCAGUCCCUCCCUCCCUGCCUCUACUACGCAUCAGUCCGCCUCGAAAAGAGGGCACGACAGACAGCCGAAUUCAUUUCAACUUGCUCACUAAGUUCUCGCAUCCCGCCAUGAUGCUUUUCCUCUCCUCCUCGGUCAACACGAUGACACAGAAAUCGGUCUGAACGCACUUGUUUUCCUUUGUAACCUACAAACAAAACAGCGAGUCACUACACCUAUUGUGUGCUGACACUACCUUGUUGGUCAUGGUGGUGCUGCUGGUCGUGGCGGUGCUGCUGGUCGUGGCGGUGCUGCUGGUGCUGGGCUUGCUGGUGACAGCCUUGCUUUCCUCCUUGAUGGCCUGCGACAGACAAAACAUCAAGUGCACUUGUAUAUCUGUGUGUGUUUGCCUGCUUCGAUGAGGUGUCCGUUUCUGUAUUGCCCUUCGUAGUAGAGGGUCCCCGCUCUCAGCAUUUUCAGCAGAUCGCCCCACCCGUUGACGACUUCCUCGGCGAACUCCCAGUUGGAGUGGCGGUCGAUGCAGAUGCGGAGCUCUACCGGAUCGCCUGGCCCUCCCUUGUUGUUCUUCUCGUACCCGAUCUUGACGACUUUGAUGGGGUUGCUGGGACGCUCGGUGGUGUGUGGGGCGAAUUUGCUGUCGCGGGCGAGCUUCUCGAAGUCUCGCCAGGUGAAUUGCUGGUUGCCGCCCUUUCUGAAUUGGAAGCGUCUAUCAUGCGGGUCAGUGGGUGUCACCAGCGUGAUCUCCUCUCCGUUUCUGCCGCGGUCGGUCUUCUCGCAUCCCAAUAGAAUAGUCUUCCAUUGUGCCAUCGCGAGGGGAAAGCAAAUGCGAGGGAAAGGGGGAAAGUCUGGGAGCU